UAACAAGGCAUUUGCAUACCGGUGUAGAGCCGGUUAAUGUAAAUAUCAUCUCGACAGUCUCUAGUUUGCUGUGGAACUGAUAGUUCGCUAGAAAUGACGGAAUUAAAGUACCUAUCGGGCUUCGGGUCUGAGUUCGCGUCGGAGGACCCGCGCAGGCCGGGUGCUCUGCCCCCCGCACAGAACAGCCCGCAACGCUGCCCGUACGGACUCUACGCCGAGCAGCUGUCUGGCAGCGCCUUUACUGCGCCUAGGCAUGAUAACAAGAGGUCUUGGCUCUACAGGAUUCACCCUUCAGUGGUUCACACGCCGUUCAAGAAGUACAAUGUGGCCGAAUAUCUCACUCAUAACUGGGACGAGCAAGAGCCAGAUCCAAAUCAGUCCCGCUGGCUCCCGUUCGACAUCCCAUCCUCACCGCAGCGCGUGGACUUCGUCUCCGGGCUGCACACCGUCGCAGGCGCAGGCGACACGCGCGCGCGACACGGCAUGGCCAUUCACGUCUACUUGUGCAACGCCUCUAUGGAGAACAGUGCUUUUUAUAGCAGCGAUGGAGAUCUUCUUAUUGUCCCGCAGCAAGGCACGCUGAAGAUCACGACAGAGUUCGGGGUAAUGCAGGUGGCACCCAACGAGAUAGCCGUCAUCCAACUCGGCAUGAGGUUUGCUGUUGACGUCCAGGGUCCGACCAGGGGAUACAUCCUGGAAGUGUUCGACGGCCACUUCAAGUUGCCGGACCUCGGUCCGAUAGGAGCCAACGGGCUGGCCAACCCUCGCGACUUCCUCACGCCUGUCGCCAGAUAUCACGAUGUCGAGAUACCUGGAUUCAAGAUAAUAAACAAAUACCAGGGUGCCCUGUUCGUGGCGGAGCAGAACCACUCCCCGUUCGAUGUGGUAGCGUGGCACGGCAACUACGUACCAUACAAGUAUGAUCUGAGCAAGUUCAUGGUGAUCAACUCUGUCUCCUUCGACCAUUGCGACCCGUCUAUCUUCACGGUCCUCACCUGCCCAUCAACGAAACCGGGCGUAGCGAUUGCAGACUUCGUCAUCUUCCCACCGCGCUGGUCUGUACAGGAGAAUACCUUCAGACCACCGUACUAUCAUAGAAACUGUAUGAGCGAGUUCAUGGGCCUAAUCCUGGGCUCGUACGAAGCGAAGGAGGGAGGCUUCCUGCCGGGAGGCGCUUCACUCCACUCCAUGAUGACUCCGCACGGUCCUGACGACCAGUGCUUCAAGACUGCGUCCAAUGCAGAGCUGGUACCGCAGAAGAUUGCUGUCGGCACUCAGGCUUUUAUGUUCGAGUCGUCAUUAAGUCUGGCUAUAACCAAGUGGGGCGCUAAAACCUGUCAGAAACUGGACGCCAAGUAUUACGAGUGCUGGCAGAACUUGCCCAAGUUGUUCUCUGAUAAGAUCCACGUGUAAAAAAAAAGUUCUUUUUUUUAAAUACAGGUCAUUGGGCGUUUCACACCGCGAGCGAUUUCGACUUUACCUACGUAAAGUUUACAGAAAAUUAACACGACGCACCUUAGUCCGAAAGACCAAAUUCAAAAGCAGCACUUUGGCGAUUCACCCUGUGGUCAAUAUCGCUUGUGGUGUAAAAUGUUCAUAAAGCCAAAUUGAUGAUUGUUUUUUAAACAUUUUUUAUUAUUCCAGUUGUUAUAAAUGUACGGUUUGAAAAGUUCAGUCCGUUUUGUUAUUCUAACUAUAAGUACCUACCUACCUAUACAUAAUAAUCAGUGAUAUGCGUGCCCCGGAAUGUUCCCAUUUUGGGAACGUUCCUGUCAAAAAGGUGCAAAACUUAUGUCAUAAGACCAUCGUAAAAGAAAAAACAAUUUGAAAAAGAAAAGCAGCCAGUGUCCUUACUAUAAAAGAAAUUUUAUAACGGGAACAUUCCCUUUUUGGAAAUAUUCCCGAGAACAGCACAUCACUGUAUUUAAUAACAAUUCCAUAAGGAAAAUAUUGUUCUUUAAAUAAAAUCAUAUUUAUCGAA